ACUAUAUAUUUACAUAAUCCUCUUAAACACAUAUUAUUAUUCAACUGCUGGAUUGAUAUAAUUUUGUUUUCCACACGCUCAGGAGCAAGGCAAAUUCAAUCUCGCUCAUAUCCAAUCUUGUUUUGAAAAGGUUACUCUCUAGAGCCCAGUCUGUAAUGGCAAUCCCAACGAACGAUGUUUCAUCUACCAGUAACGAUGUCAUCAACAGCGUUGAAACAAUUUUGAAUGAGUCCUCUGUUCAUGAAAGAUGUGAAGUGCUGAAAGUCCAGGAAGACAGAUAUGAUGGUGUCAUUGUUGACCUAAAUAAUAUGCAAAACGAUGCUACUCGUUUUGCGACAUCACUGAAAGCAUCACUUUCUCUAUGGGCGCGCCAGUCGUCGGCUGUGCAGGGGAAGAGGGCGGUGUGGAUUAAAGUGCCCAAGGAACAGGCAACACUAGUUCCCGUUGCGAUUGAGGCAGGAUUUUGGUACCAUCAUGCGGAGCCUUCAUAUGUUAUGGUAGUGUAUUGGAUCCCCCAAAUUCCUUGUACCAUCCCUGAUAAUGCUUCACAUCAAGUGGGAAUAGCAGCCUUUGUAUUCAACGACAAAGGAGAGGUUCUAGUAGUUCAGGAAAAGUGUGGACCUUACAAGGACUCUGGGUUGUGGAAGAUGCCAACAGGAAGGAUUAACCAGGGGGAAGGUAUUAAGGAAGGGGCCAUAAGAGAAGUUCACGAAGAAACAGGGAUUGAAACUGAAUUUGUACAAGUGGUCGGAUUCAGGGAUGGUCACAAUGCCCUUUUUGGGAAAUCCGAUAUGCUCUUCGUGUGUAUAUUGAAGUCUGUUUCUUGUAAUAUUGCUAUACAAGAAACUGAAAUUUCAGUAGCCAAGUGGAUGGCCGUGGAAGAAUUCGCAGCUCAACCUAAAAAUCAACAGAGCAAACUUCUAAAAGACAUGAUUGGUGCGUGUGUCGCCAGAAUGGACAGACGAUGUGAAGGAUUUUCAGCCGUUGAGAUGCCUGCUAAUUUGCGCAAACCCUCUGCAUUUUACUGCGGAGCCGUUCAUAGCGUAUAAAUUUGACAGCUAAAUCUACCAGCCUAGCAAAUUUUUUUGCAGGGUUCCAAACACUACAUAUUCAAUAUUAUUUUUGAUUCUGUCUAUUCUUUCAUGCGAUGCUAAUAUGACUGUAAAAAUUCUUAAAUAGGGGCAUAUGGCCAUUAAAUUUGCAGGAUUCCAACCACCACAUGUUUGUUGUAGUUGUUCUUAUUAUGGAAGAAGUAUUAUAAAGCAAGAUUCUUCAGUCUUUUCUCAAGAAAAUCUUUUAUGAUUCA